AUGGCAAGACCUUCCGGGCCAAGAUUGCAGGAGCACGACCCCAAUCACCCGCCAGACCUAGCGAUCAAGCCUAGCAGCGUGCGAGCUAAUGCGGCUGGCUCGCAAUGGCAGACAGACAGCGUAGAGACGAUACGGGAGUUUGGGAUAGCUGGGAGAGUUUGGGAGGCAGCCUACCUCUUCGUCAAGUACCUUCGGCCGCCGGAGUGGUUGGAUGGGAUUGACUUUGACCCUCCAUGCCCGCUCUUCGAUCCAGCAAGAAGAGCUCCCGAGCCACUCACAGUCCUCGAGCUGGGCAGCGGCGUGGGCGUCGUAGGCCUCACCUGCGCUCAAGCGCUACAUCAGAACAGACGCCAAGGACUCGUGCAGGCGCAAGAGAACCCGGGCAUUGAGCACGAUGCGGUGAUUCUCACCGAUUUGGAGAAUGUCGUCGAUCUGAUGAAGCGCAAUGCUCACUCAGCAGGCGUGCCUGGUGUACAGGUCAAGGCUUUGCCUUGGGGAUCGCAGCGACACGCAAGGCAGAUUCUGGAUGAGCUCGCCUCUAGCUCGAGCAAGGGACGAAAGCUGGACUACGUGCUCUGCGAAUCCCCACCGCCGGUCUUGAUAGCCUACAAGAUUCGGUCUAUGACCAAGGAGAUGCCUUUCUGGACCGCCUUGGGUAGGUGGUUCGAUGUAGAGGUCGUGCAUUGCCGCAGACAGCGGAGAGCAGUGCGCUCAGGAGGAGAUGUUGAGAAGCAAGAUCCCCGAGCGUCGGAAGAGUGGCAUCGCUUUGGUUCGCUCCGCGGUGAUCUCGAUGAUGGUCUCGACGAGGAGGGGGACGAGACGAGCGAGGACGCCUACUUCGUGCUCAUUGCCCGACGCAAGGCUUGCACGCAAGGCUGGUCUGCCCCACCGGAGGACGACCAAGCGCUCAUGGCUGGUUGGAUGCAUCGAGACGAGGACAGGCGGCGGGGUGACGGUGGAGCAGAUUGGCUAGAGUGGUCGCUGAUGAGUGCCAUUGGCGGCUGA